AUAGUAUUAGUGAAAUUGUUGAAGCUAUGUGUCAUGUCUGCUCGGUGCGGUCAUUGGGCUGGUAUAUUUGAUAUAUUUUUCUGUUGUUCUGUGAUUGAUUGCGUGUUUAACCUAUAAUUGAGACCAAUGCACAAAACGAACUUAAAAUUGGAACUUAUUACUUUGGGCGCUAAAGGUAACGUCAACAAUUACGACAAAUUGGAAAAAAAUAUUUCACCCACGGUAUAAAUUAACGAAAUGAAAUGAAGCAAUAAUAAGACGACAGCAAAUGGCAAUCCACUUUUCUAUGCACAAGACAUCAGUGAAGAAUUUUAAUAGCAAUCUACUUACUAUAUUUUGAAACUAUCAAUGGUGUGAAGAAUAAUUGUAAACAAUACUAAUAAUCAGAACAGCGGAAGAUCCAAUAAUAUAAAGUGUCAUAAAAUUCUAUAAAUGAAUAUAUAAAUUUACAAAUACUAAAUUGAUCUGUGCCAAACAAACAUUAGGAGAAAAUUUGUUGGGGUCUGUGUAUAAUUUGUUCAAAUUAAACGAAAGUGAGGUGAAAAAACAAAAGAUACUUUGAUUUUAAUCCAAAGAAAAUCUUCGCUCACUAGUAUCAAAGGGAUUAUUUGCGAAUAUGCAAGCUAUAAAAUGUGUAGUCGUUGGCGACGGUGCUGUUGGAAAAACCUGUCUGCUUAUAAGUUAUACUACGAAUGCAUUUCCCGGAGAAUACAUACCAACUGUUUUUGACAACUACUCGGCAAAUGUAAUGGUUGAUGGCAAACCAAUUAAUUUAGGUUUGUGGGACACUGCAGGUCAAGAAGACUACGAUCGUUUGCGUCCGUUAUCAUACCCACAAACAGAUGUUUUUCUUAUAUGCUUUUCACUUGUUAAUCCAGCUUCAUUUGAAAACGUGCGUGCGAAGUGGUUUCCUGAAGUUCGUCAUCACUGCCCAUCUACACCAAUCAUUCUAGUUGGUACGAAAUUAGAUUUGAGAGACGAUAAAACGACAAUAGAAAAACUACGAGAUAAAAAGUUAGCUCCAAUUACGUAUCCACAGGGGUUGGCAAUGGCGAAAGAAAUCAACUCAGUCAAGUAUUUGGAAUGUUCAGCGCUUACGCAGAAAGGCCUAAAAACUGUAUUUGAUGAAGCUAUUCGAGCCGUUUUAUGUCCGGUUUUACCACCUAAAAAAAGUCGAAAAUGUGUUUUACUUUAAGUAUUCAUAUUCCCAAAAACAAGGAAUACCAGAAAAUUGAUUAAAAACGAAUACCCAAAUUAAAACGAAACAAAAUGAAGGAGAUGCACGGAAAUUAUUAAUCAAUAGGAUAAGUAAAAAUGAUUAAAAAACAGACAUCAAGGUAGACCAGAAUUGGAUUAUAACUAUGAUAUGCAAUGCUGUUGUAUGCAAAAUAAUUUUAAAUUUAAAUUUCAGAAA